UAGCGUGAACUUGAUCAUUCCUACGCUCACAUUCGUUCUAUAGAUAUCUUUCAUUUCUCAGGCAUUUUCUUAUCUUAGAAACCUGUCUAGAGAUUCUCUCGACAGUCUUCGACUUAAACUCAUCGCGAAGUCAAGAAUUUCGAUUAUUUUAUUAUUUUCCUUUUCGGAAUGUUACUUUUAUACGAGCAAGGAAUGCCUUGAAGUAAAAGUGAUGAUUUUUUGUGACGGUAUUUUUUAAGUCUAACAACUUUAUAUCAAGUGUGUGUGCGUUUUAUGUUAAUUUAUUUAAAUAAUUCAACAAUAAUAAAAAAUUCAAUUAUGUUAGUAUGGAAAUUGACGUGAAAUUUCAUGACAUAUGAGUGGUUUAAUGAAAGACGUAUUAGAAUCUAAGGCACGUGCUUGAGGGCCAAAGAAUCAUUUGACCUGUCUUUUAUUAGAGAGCGUUCAUUUAACAACGAGACAGAGUAUUUAUUUCUCAGUUGACUUUGUUACUUGGCAGGUUUACGAGAACGAUCACAAGAUUAUUUUAUAGUUGUGUAUCAUUUGAGUUUGUAAGUUGACUAAAGACCUUCAACGUUUAGUUUUAAUUUAUAUUUAAUAAAAAAAAACAGAAUAUUUGAUUAGAAUGUUCCGAAACAUUUGGUUUGGUGGGUUUAAGAAACCACUUGUGUAACUAUUCAAUUUUAUGAUAAUACUAAAAUAUAACGGCCUUGGGGCAAGCAUUUAAAAUAAAUUGUGAUAAUGGUGUCGAAAAAGCCUCAACAAAGUGUAAGCACAAUCCAAGUUAUUGAUAUUGAUGUGAAAAAUGACAUUAAAGAGCAAUCGGCCGAUUUCGAAACAGCAAUCGCAGCAACUGGCUUUGGUCUAUAUAAUGUCGGCUUGGCUUUGGCAACGACUCCUAUUGCCUGGGCGAGUGCUUUCGACAUGACAACAGUAGCUUUCAUCUUGGCGUCAGCUGAGUGUGAGCUUGAGUUGACAUUUAUUCGUAAAGGUUUACUCGCAAGUGCUGUGUAUAUGGGAAUGAUUUUAAGCUCAUUGUUUUGGAGUUUUACCACAGAUUAUAUUCGUCGAAGACCAUUUAUUCUUUUUGGACUGCUCAUUGAUCUUUUAUGUAACCUUCUUAGCAGCCUCGUUGAAUCGUACUUUGUUUUGGUUCUGCUCCGAUUUAUUACCGGCACCAUUGUCAGCGGACCAUUUUCUCUUCUUAUUCCAUAUGUUAAUGACUUCCAACCGGCAAGUUAUCGUGCUAAAUACUCCACAUGGUCUGGUCUUUUGUAUAAUAUUGGAUUUAUUAUACCAGCUGUACUGGCUUUCAACGUAACUCCUCUACCGUGGUCUUUCGUAAUUUUUGAUAAGAAAUAUGACGCCUGGAGAAUUUAUCUUCUCUUAUGUUCUAUACCAUCUAUUCUUGGAUUCGUGAUAAUGAGCUUUCUUCCGGAAAGUCCCAAGUGUCUAAUGGACAAUGGAUACCUGCCUAGAGCGUAUGACUUAUUUAGGAGAAUCUACGUAGUUAACAACCGAGCACCUGCUGAUACUUAUCCGAUCAAAUUUCUGAAAGAACCAGACAAUAGACUGAAGAAAAAAUCAAUGAAAGCUAGUUUGAAAAUAAUCCAUGAUACAUGGGAAAAUACCAAACUUAUAUUCAAAAGGCCAUAUCUGGGUCCAUUUGUUAUUAUCAUGAUACUCCAAUUUGGAAGUAUGUUAUCAUUCAACACAAUGCGGCUUUGGGUACCACACAUGUUCAUCAUAAUCAACAACUUUGACUACUCUCUGUGGGAUCCUGCCCGCGGCAAUCCAACGAUAUGCGAGUACUUGAUUCCAGGCGUGAUUCCCCCAGGCCUCACCAACGAGACUUUCUAUGCAAAUCACACUUGCAUUCGGUGGCUUAUAAAUCCUAGUGUUUAUAUCAAUUCAACAAUUAUUGCGGCUUCAGCAGUUGGGUUUUCAUUUGUAAUUGGUCUUUUUUACACGACGAAAUUAAGGAAGAAAGUCGUUAUGGUACUGGCUUAUCUGUUGGCAAUACUCAGCAGUUUCGGGACUAAUUGGGCACAACUUGUGCCCUUAAUGUUGACCCUAUCAGCAGCCAUUGUUGUCACGAGCCGAAUGACAAGUAACAUAGUUAUCGCUGCUAACGCCGACGUCAUUCCCAUGCCGUUAAGAAAGACGGCUCUCAGUAUUAUUACAAACAUUGGAAGUUUAGGAAGUAUUGUUGGAAACCUUGUAUUUCCAAAACUUCUAGAGAUUCAUUGUAUCAGUGCCUUUAUGGGUAUGGGUGCAUUGUUAAUAGUCUGUUUAAUUAUGUCAUUCUUUACGCUAAGAAUAAAAAGCAAAAAGUAUAAAACUUCAUCAACGUAGUCAACAUAAGAGUAAAAAUGUGUGAAAUUUCAUAAACUCAUGGAGUUAUAACGAAGACAGAGACUUGUCCAUGUGAUGAGAAAAUAAAUCUGUUCGAAAUCAUUUUAUAGAAUUGGGGACAGAAGAAGGAUAUGGAAGUAAGAAUACCUCUUAUAAUUAUUAAACUUCCGUAGUUGAUCUGCGUCGUUAAGUGGAAUAAUGGAUAUAGAUAUUCAAGUGCCUUUAACAAGUUCAAAGUGAAACUUUACACUUAGACAAUCGAUAUUGAGAGUGGAGGAAAUAGAGUGAAAUUGAUGAGGAAAAAAGUUAUAAAUUAACUUAAAAACUUUCUGAACAUUUUUAAUUUUAAUUUCAAAUAAUUGUUAUAAAAUAAAUUUUUUAUAACUUUUCUUAUUUUCAA